AGAGGGAGUGCGAGUGCAGCACGUGGCAUGCUUCCUCCUCGCUCUGCUGCUCCUCGGAGCACACGUGGCCUUCCAUCCUGCCGACUUCCACGCCCUGCCUCCCUUUCGCCUGCUGCGAAUCCUCUCUGCCGGCAUAUGGUACAACAUGGUGGUGAGUGCUGGCAUAUGGCACAACAUGGUGGUGAGUGCUGGCAUAUGGCACAACAUGGUGGUGAGUGCUGGCAUAUGGCACAACAUGGUGGUGAGUGCUGGCAUAUGGCACAACAUGGUGGUGGUGAGUGCUGGCAUAUGGCACAACAUGGUGGUGAGUGCUGGCAUAUGGCACAACAUGGUGGUGAGUGCUGGCAUAUGGCACAACAUGGUGGUGAGUGCUGGCAUAUGGCACAACAUGGUGGUGAGUGCUGGCAUAUGGCACAACAUGGUGGUGAGUGCUGGCAUAUGGCACAACAUGGUGGUGAGUGCUGGCAUAUGGCACAACAUGGUGGUGAGUGCUGGCAUAUGGCACAACAUGGUGGUGAGUGCUGGCAUAUGGCACAACAUGGUGGUGAGUGCUGGCAUAUGGCACAACAUGGUGGUGAGUGCUGGCAUAUGGCACAACAUGGUGGUGAGUGCUGGCAUAUGGCACAACAUGGUGGUGAGUGCUGGCAUAUGGCACAACAUGGUGGUGAGUGCUGGCAUAUGGCACAACAUGGUGGUGAGUGCUGGCAUAUGGCACAACAUGGUGGUGAGUGUUGGCAUAUGGCACAACAUGGUGGUGAGUGCUGGCAUAUGGCACAACAUGGUGGUGAGUGCUGGCAUAUGGCACAACAUGGUGGUGAGUGCUGGAUGGCUAUCCUUUCAGCCUCACGUCACAUCAUUGUGCCUCACAUCUGCUCCCUCCUGCGAGCACAUGUGGCCUUCCAUCCCAUCUUCUCUCUGCCUGCCUCCUGCCCGCCUGCUGAGAGUGCUUUCCGCCGGCACAGUGGCGCAACAUCGUGCUGUCUCUUCUUCUCCUCUCCUCUCCCCCUUUCUCCAAACCACGCUUUUCCUUCCUCUCUACCCCGUCUUAUCCACCCUGUUCCCAUCGUUCCCUUCCCAUCUGAUCCGGUCCCACUCCCACUUAUGCAGCUGUCUCUGCUCGCUCUGCUGCUCCUAUCCUCUCCCCUCCAAGCGGUCCUCUUCCUUCCCCUCUACUCCCAGUCACCACCAGGCCUUAAGUCCCCCCCCAGGCCUCAAGGUUACAUCCGUGCAUCCGCUCUCCCCUCUCUUCAGUCACAUUCGCCCAGGAGACUCCUUACUAGCACUCGACCACACUCCGCUUUCCUCUCCUGCCGACUACACUCACCUCCUCUCCCAUCUCUCCCACCUCUCCCACCUCUCCUACCCUCUGCCUCCUUCGAUCCCUCCCUCGCCUCCUUCCCGUGGGUAUUGCAUUUCCCUCUCGGCCAAUCACAAGCUGCCACCUGGAUUCCUGACUCCUCCAGCCUUUCCAGCCAAUGGGAUCCGUCUGCAUGGCCCCAGUCCUUCCUCAUCACCAUCUGCUGCUCCUAGUGCAGUUUCAGCCCUCCCCCUACUCACCCUCCUCCUCCUCCACCUCUUCCUCCUUUUCCAGUUCCUCUCCUUCCUCCUCCACUUCCUCCGCUCCCUCCUCUCUAGUGUUUGUGGGAACCAUUGA